AUGAACGAAGAGGUUUUAAGCACUACUCCGCUAUGGAGAUAUGUGACUAAGAAGGAUAAAGUUAAAGGUGGUGGUAAUUGGAAUUUUGUAUGUAACCACUGUCAAGUUCCAUAUUCGGGUUCAUAUUCAAGAGUGAAAGCACAUUUGUUAAAGAUUCCAGGCUCUGGAAUUAGAAUAUGUCCAAAGGUCAGAGAACAUAAACUUCAGGAAAUGAAACAAUUGAGUGAUGAAGCUGAGGCCAGAGCAAAAGCAUCUAAGUUUAAAAGUGUGCCUCUGCCAACAUGUGGAUCAGGUAGUGGUUCUUCUUUUGCGUCAAAUUCUUCAUCACUUGUUGAAGAUCCUAGGAAGAAGAAAAGAGGGGUUGAGAGCCCAAUAGAGAAAUUGUAUAAUGCUGCCAGACGUGAAGAAAUGGAUAUCAUAAUUGCACGGUUGUUUUAUGCAGCUGGCUUGCCGUUCCAUCUUGCUAGGUGUCCAUAUUAUAAAGUUGCAUUUAAUUUGGCUACAUCAGAUAGUAAAAGCAUUCAAGGUUAUAUUCCGCCGGGUUAUAAUAAACUAAGAACAACUCUUUUACGGAAGGAAAUAGAACAUGUUGAGAAAGAGCUGGAACCAAUUAAGAGCACUUGGAAAGAAAAAGGUGUGAGUAUUGUGACCGACAUGAACUUUAUGGCUGUUUCAGAGGCUGGUGCAAUGUUUAUUAAAGCAGUCAACACUCAAGGGUCAGUGAAGGACAAAGAGUACAUUUCUAAGUUGAUCAUUGAGACAAUUACGGAAGUUGGGCAUCAGAAUGUUGUGCAAGUAAUCACGGACAAUGCACCAGUUUGUAAGAGUGCAGGGCUACUUGUAGAAGGUCAGUUUAAACACAUUUUUUGGACUCCAUGUGUAGUCCACACACUAAACCUUGCUUUAAAGAAUAUAUGUCAUCCGAGAGAUAUUCGAACUAAUGUUUUAGUAUAUGAAGGGUGUGCUUGGAUUAGUGAAAUUAUUGCUGAGGUGGUACUGAUCAGAAACUUCAUCACUAAACAUUCCAUGAGAUUAGCCAUGUUUAAUGAACAUGUGGAGUUAAAAUUAUUCACACUUGCAGAGACACGUUUUGCCUCUAGUAUUAUAAUGCUUCAAAGAUUUAAAGAUGUGAAGCAAGGACUCCGUAACUUGGUAAUUUGCAAUCAAUGGUCAUCAUAUAAAGAUGAUGAUCCUAAUCAAGCAUUGUUUAUAAAAGAGAAGUUGUUGGAUGAUGAUUGGUGGAACACUUUGCAGUAUGUUAUUGAUUUUACAAAACCUAUCAUAGAAAUGCUUAGAUUAUGCGACACAGACGAGCCUUGUCUUCACUUGGUUUAUGAAAGGUGGGAUCGAAUGAUAGAUGAGGUAAAGAGCAUUAUACAUCGCCACGAGGGCUUACAAGAAUAUGAUAUUUCACCAUUUCAUAUGGUGGUGGACGGGAUUUUAACAGAUCGUUGGAGUAAAAGUAGCACACCGCUUCACUCUUUGGCACAUUCAUUGAACCCAAGGUAUUAUAGUCGUCAGUGGCUUGAUGAACGUCCAGGGCGUGUUCCACCACAUAGAGAUCUUUUGAUUGCAGGUCAAAGAUUGAAGUGUUUCGAGAGGUAUUACGAUGCGGAUGAGUUAAGAGAAGUUAACAUUGAGUAUGCUAAGUUUUCAUCUUGCCGUGAAGAAUUUGCAAAUGCAAAUACCAUAAAUGAUAGAUGGAGUAUGAAUCCUUAUGUGUGGUGGGUUACUUAUGGGGUGUAUGCUCCUUUACUUCAGCAAAAAGCACUCAUGUUGCUUGGCCAACCUUGUUCAUCUUCUUGUAGUGAGAGAAACUGGAGUACGUAUAGUUUCAUAAAUUCUGUGAAGAGAAAUAAAAUUACUCCACAAAGAGGUGAAGAUUUGGUAUUUGUUCAUACUAAUCUUCGUCUCUUAUCAAGACGAAGCCCAGAAUACUUGCUAGGGGAUACAAGAAUGUGGGACAUUGGAGGUGAUUCUUUUGAUACUAUGGAGGGUACUGUUGGUGUACUUGAAGUUGCUGAUCUUUCUCUUAAUGAGCCAGAGAUGGAACGCAUGAUAUUGGAUGAUAAUGAAGCUAAUGUGGAGGAGCUAUACCCCCUGGUUUGACUGUUGACGUUAUUUUUUGGUGACCAGCUGGAUCCUGGAUGUAGCGGCAUUCACAUCAUACUUGGAGGAUCCUUGUUUUUUGGGCUAGUAUUUGGUUCAUGAAGUUGCGCUGUUGCGGGAAGGACUUCACUCCCCUUUGCGAAGCCUUCUAAUUUUUUGUUGAUAUGUAUAUAUAUAGACUAGUAAAUGUCGCGGAAAGGACUUUACUCCCUUUUGCAAAGCCUUCUAAUUUUUUGUUGAUAUGUAUAUAUAGACUAGUAAAUGUCUAUAUAACCUUUUGUUGAUAAUGGAUAUCUAUGUUCUCCUGGAA